UCAAGGCGACGAGCGUGCUGCUCCCUUCCUCUGGCCGCGGUUGCCGUGGAGUUCAGUCCGGCCGGUGUGGGUGAGGAGCACCGCGGCUUGGACUGGGUCUACGGGCGCUCCGCUGGCCGCGCUGCCGGCCGGUGCCUCUGUCUCAGGGCAAGCAGUAUUCCAUGGCAGGGAACUUCUGGCAGAGCUCCCACUAUUUGCAGUGGAUUUUGGAUAAACAAGAUCUGUUGAAAGAGCGCCAGAAGGACUUAAAGUUUCUCUCAGAAGAAGAGUAUUGGAAAUUACAGAUAUUUUUUACAAACGUUAUCCAAGCAUUAGGUGAACAUCUUAAAUUAAGACAACAAGUUAUUGCUACUGCUACGGUCUAUUUUAAGAGAUUCUAUGCCAGGUAUUCUCUGAAAAGUAUAGAUCCUGUGUUAAUGGCUCCUACAUGUGUGUUUCUGGCGUCCAAAGUAGAGGAGUUUGGUGUUGUCUCAAAUACAAGAUUGAUCGCUGCUACUACUUCUGUAUUAAAAACUAGGUUUUCAUACGCCUUUCCAAAGGAGUUCCCUUACAGGAUGAAUCAUAUACUAGAAUGUGAAUUUUACCUUUUAGAAUUAAUGGAUUGUUGCUUGAUAGUUUAUCAUCCUUAUAGACCUUUGCUCCAGUAUGUGCAGGACAUGGGCCAAGAGGACGUGCUGCUUCCCCUUGCAUGGAGGAUAGUGAAUGAUACCUACAGGACAGAUCUUUGUCUGCUGUAUCCUCCUUUCAUGAUAGCUUUAGCCUGCCUACAUGUAGCCUGUGUUGUGCAGCAGAAAGACGCGAGGCAGUGGUUUGCGGAGCUUUCUGUGGACAUGGAGAAGAUUUUGGAAAUAAUCAGGGUUAUUUUAAAACUAUAUGAGCAGUGGAAGAAUUUUGAUGAGAGAAAAGAGAUGGCAACUAUUCUUAGUAAGAUGCCAAAACCAAAACCACCUCCAAACAGUGAAGGAGAGCAGGGUCCAAAUGGAAGUCAGAACUCUAGCUACAGCCAAUCUUAAAACACCCUGAAGAACCCUGUAGUGGACCACUUGGAAGUAAAGCAUUGGACAGUUUGAGUAAUGUCUUCAUUGGAAAUCAGAUGCAAACGAAUAGCUUGUUUCUGUCAAGCAUAUUGGGAAUUGACUUAAUUUUCACAAAAUAAGUUUUCUUUACAUAAUUGAUUCUAGUGUGUAAUUUAUUAAAUCUUAAUUAUAAAAUUUAUAAAAUUUAAUAAGGCUCUAGGGGACCUAUAGCCAUUCAUAAACAUUUCAGAGUUAACCUCUCUCUCACAUACACACAUAUAGACACACACUAAUACUGUUUUUUGAUUAGCAUAAUUGGUUUUUUCAUUAAUAAUACAUAUUUUUUAUUAAGGCAGGAAACAUGGAAUGUCAUUUGUUUAAAAUUCUCUUUGGACAUUGAGGGACCAAAAAAAGGACAGAAAAAGUCAGUAAAAGUUCCCCCCACCCAGUUGAAAUUUAAAAAUUUAAACUAAGAAACAAAAUCUUAGAAAAUCCUAAAAGGUUUUUAGGAAUGAUAAUUAUAAUUUGAGGGAUAUUAAUCAAGCACUUACAGAUUUUAAAAUGUUUUAUUCAAUACUUUUUAUAUCAUCACAGACGAUACUAGCCCAGCCUGUCAGAAAAGUGCAACAUAUAUUCAUACUUUGACAUUUUAAAGGUUAUAUUGACUGAUUAGCAGUUUUGAAAUGCUGGGAAACCUGAAAAAGUUAUUAUAGUUAGUAUGCAUUUAAGAGUUUAAUUUGAUUGGAUCGCUCAGAGUUGGAGGUCAGCCUGGUGUACAAAGCAAGUCCAGGAUAGCCAAGGCUACACAGAUAAGCCCUGUCUCAAAAAUUAAAAAAAAAAAAAAAAUCUUUAAAAAGUAUUUAAUUUGAUUUAACAAUUAAGUUGAACUUCAGUGAAAUUUUAAUGUUAAUCUUUAAUCUGUCCUGAAAAUUUUUAUGCGACACACACACCCAGUUUAAGUUUGUGUUUUAGUGUGAGCUGACAUGCACAGCAAGUAUUCUGAGUCAAGAGCCUCGCCAGGUUUCAGGUCAGGGAGACACUGCCAUUAUUAGUGCUUGUGGCUGUCGAUUUCAGAUAAAUGUGUCUGUGGGACUGCUGUCUCUGGAACUUCAAAGAUGAACUCUUUUUCAGACUUGAAAGAAGAAUGAUAAAUAACUUGGAAUAAUGGGAUAUUAUUGUAUAGUUUCGCACUUUUAAAAAAAAUAAAUCAUGAAAAAAAUUA